CACAUAUAUCUAGGUAUGCUAAAAAUCUUUAUUACGAACAAAGAAAUAUUUUAAUCUUUUUAUUGUCUACAUAAUAGAUAAAAGGUAACAUAUUUUGAUGUAACGAAAGUCUCUCGUAGAUAUUUUAACAAUGUUGAUUUGCGUAACACUUACUAUUUUGGUGUUCAACUUUUGUGUAGGUCAACAAAUAAUAAAUGUAAAUGAAUAUUUUGAAAUUUCAGUGUUGCAUUUUAACGAUUUUCACGCCAGAUUUGAAGAAACAGAUGAAGAAGGAAAUACAUGUAAAAACGUGUCGCAAUGUAUAGGAGGAUAUUCUAGAUUAUAUACACAAAUUCAAAGAAGUUUGAAUGAGACACCAAAUGCGUUGGUAUUGAAUGCAGGUGAUACUUUCCAGGGAACGCUGUGGUAUUCAGUUGGAAAAUGGAAUGUUAGCCAGGAGUUCAUGAAUAAACUUCCCAUAGAUGUCGAGGUAUUAGGCAAUCAUGAUUUUGAUGAUGGAAUAGCUGGUGUUAUACCUUAUAUCACAAGUCUGAGACACCCUAUAGUAGCAUGUAAUAUAGAUGACAGUUUGGAGCCAACUAUCCAGGGAACUUAUUCCAAAAGCAAAGUUAUCCAAAGGAACGGUUUAAAAAUUGGAAUAAUUGGCGUCAUUAUUUCAACAUGCGAUCAAAUAUCUAGUACAGGAAAAUUAAGAUUUCACUUGGAAUCACCAAGUGUAAAUGAAGAAGCUGAACGUUUAGUUCGAGAAGAAGGAGUAUUUACAAAUAUUGUUUUGUCUCAUUCUGGAUACGAAAUAGACAAACAGAUAGCCGAAAAUGCAUCUAAGAGAAUUAGUUUGAUCGUUGGUGCCCAUUCACAUUCAUUCUUAUACACUGGAGACAAUCCUCCAGGGGUCGAUACCGUUAGUGGCGAUUAUCCAACUACAAUUAAAAGUAAAUAUGGAAACAAAGUGUUAGUAGUUCAAGCAUCCGCUUAUUCAAGAUAUUUGGGAAACAUAACACUUUAUCUCGAUGAAUAUGGAGAAGUUGCAGAUUAUUCUGGUGCACCAAUUUAUCUAAGUUCUGAUAUUCUAAAAGAUGAAGCUAUUAAUAAAGAAUUACAACCGUGGAAAGAUAUAGUUGAUAUACAAGGAUUAAAAGUUGUAGGAUCUACAAUGACAUUACUAAGUAGAACAGGACGUUAUAAUUACGAAUGUACCUUAGGCAAUUUUAUUACAGAUGCAAUGAUUUAUUCAUAUACGGAAAAUUCAGCUGAAGGGUCUUGGACAGAAGCCGCUCUAGCUAUGACGAAUCCAGGUAGUUUAAGAGCUAACAUAGGAAUAGGAGAAAUUACUUACAAUGACGUGGUUGUGUCACAACCUUUCGAGAACACCUUUGAUAUUAUAGAAAUAGAAGGAAAAUACCUCAGAGAAUUAUUUGAAUUUACCGGCAUGCCAAGUGGAGAAGGAGAUAAUAGACUAAAUUUAUUGCAGUUAUCUGGUUUCCACAUAAACUACGAUUUGAGUCUUCCUAUUGGUCAACGAGUCAAAUCAAUUAAAGUGCGUUGUCAAAAUUGCACAGUACCCGUAUACGAAAAAUUAGAAGAACAUAAAACCUACAAAGUUGUUGUUAAUUCAUUUAUGCUAAUGAAUAACGGGGAAUUUACUAUUUUAACUGAAAAUAUUAAAAGCAAAAAUAUCGGACGUGUUGAUAUUGACGUAAUUCUCGAAUAUUUAUCUAAUCGAUCUCCAGUUUUCAAAGAAGUUGAAACUAGAAUGGUCUUUUCUAAUUAAAAUAGUUUGCCUUGUUG